GCCUCCGCCCUCCCCGUGAGCAGCGGGCCGGCAGCGAGGCGCAGAGUGGCCGGGCAGCCGGGAGGAUUUACUUUCUGACAGCGGCAGAGCAGCCCGGGCCGCGGGGCGGGGGUCAGCUUCGCCGCUCUCUCAGGAUUAAGACCGCCCAGCCGAGCACUCAUCUGGAGCCGCUAUUCCUCCUCCUCUACCACCCAUCCCUGCCCCAUGGAUUUCAACCUUCUGGCAGACGCGGAGGCUCGCAGCCCAGCCUUGUCUCUCUCGGACUCUGGAACUCCUCAACACGAGCACAGCUGCAAAGGGCAGGACCACAGUGACACAGAGAAGUCCCAGCAAAACCAGACGGACGACUCCAACCCUGAAGACGGCUCGCUCAAGAAGAAGCAGCGGAGGCAGAGGACGCACUUCACCAGCCAGCAGCUCCAAGAGCUGGAAGCCACUUUCCAGAGAAACCGUUACCCAGACAUGAGCACCAGGGAGGAGAUUGCAGUCUGGACCAACUUGACAGAGGCACGAGUCCGGGUCUGGUUCAAAAACCGCAGAGCUAAAUGGAGGAAACGAGAGAGGAACCAACAGGCUGAACUGUGCAAGAACAGCUUUGGAGCCCAGUUCAAUGGACUGAUGCAGCCUUAUGAUGACGUGUAUUCCAGCUAUUCCUACAACAACUGGGCCACCAAGGGGCUUGCCACCAGCCCGCUCUCAGCCAAGAGCUUUCCAUUCUUCAACUCCAUGAAUGUCAGUCCCCUCUCCUCCCAGCCCAUGUUCUCCCCACCCAGCUCCAUCACCUCAAUGACCAUGCCUUCCUCCAUGGUCCCUUCUGCAGUGACAGGAGUACCAGCCUCUAGCCUCAACAACCUGGGAAACAUCAACAACCUGAACAGCCCGAGCCUCAACUCUGCUGUCUCAUCCAGUGCCUGUCCUUACGCCUCAACAGCCAGCCCCUACAUGUACAGGGACACAUGCAACUCCAGCCUGGCCAGCCUGCGGCUGAAGGCCAAGCAGCACGCCAACUUCACCUACCCGGCAGUGCAGACGGCAGCUUCCAACCUGAGCCCUUGCCAAUAUGCUGUGGACAGGCCUGUAUGAAGGGCUGCCCUCUGCCAACCAGGGACUUGACCUUAGCCUGACAAAAGGAGACCUUUAGCCCUACAACAGCGUACAUCCUGCAGAGAAUGAGAGCGAACAUGAGAGCAUAAGAGGGAGAGGGAGAGAGAGAGAGAGAAGUGAGCAGGCAGACAAACCUUUACAAAGAUUUGUCUAUCGUAUGGUGAAUUUUGACUGUCUUUCCCCUUCAAAACCCCUUCCCUUCUUGCCUACUAAAACUCCUCCUCCUCC